AUGGCUACCCCAAGCCGCCGGCCUAGUCCGGCCCGACGGCCGUCAAUUCUUUCCGUCGAGGACAGUCACCACCGUCCACUGGCCACCAGGACGGGCACCCUUGCUUCGAUGAUGAGAAGCCGUUCCCAGCAGAGCUUGACGGGGUCAUGGCCACCGCACCCGCACCGGGGGGCCAGUGACGACGACGAGGCCGGCUUGUGGAUGCGCCAUGACGAGGACGAGGCCAUCGAGCGGCUUCUCAAGGACGGGAGCCGUCUGAGCCAGAUCCUGCAGGGGCCUCUGGCCAGGAGCAUGAACCUGAUUGGCAAGAGCAAUCCUCGAUAUCGAUGGGAGCGGUACUGGAAGAGUGAGGACGAGCUGAAGUCUAUGAAAAGGACCAUACGAGAGUACUAUGAGCGAACAAACGAGCUGAUCGAGCAGUACAUGUACAUUGACUGCCUCCUCGACUCGUCCAUUCCUCAUGAUCUUUUGAACGAGUACAACGCCGAGCUCGAGGCUUCGGCCUUCAAGCCGGUCAAUGUCCCCGCCACCAUCGCCGAGGAGCCGAGCCCGUCUACGUCGUUUUCUGCAUCGUCCUUUCCGGCCACCCCCCCUGCUACGGCGCACCAACAGCAACCUCCAGGCCGUCCGUACGGCACCAUCACUGUCAACGGCGUCCCCAACGGCAUGGCAAGCGGGUCGCCGGAUCACCACCCCGGGAAGCAGGUCGUCGCGUUGCCGCCGAUACGCACCCCCCGGGACAUAUUUCGGUCCUCGGAAAACCUCCCCCUGCUCCAACACCGCCACGACGGCGGCCAGGACGAGGAUCGCCCCCAGCUCAGCCCGCCCGUCGCCCCCAGCCCCAGCGGUUCUGGCCCGAGACCCAGCCUGCCCUGGCUGGAGGAUGCGGACGUCGACAGCGACGAUCCCGUCGUCACCCUCGCCAUCUGGGUCAACAUGGUUGCCAACGUGAUUCUUCUCGUCGGCAAACUCGCCGUCAUUGUGUCGGUCCCCUCCAUGUCUGUCCUGGCGGGCUUGGUCGACGCCGUCUUGGACUUUCUCAGCACCGCCAUUGUGUGGACCACCACUAGGCUGAUCUCGCGUGGCCAGCAAGAUCAGCACCAUUAUCCUGUCGGCCGGCGUCGCUUGGAACCCGUUGGAGUCCUGGUCUUUUCCAUCAUCAUGAUAACUUCCUUCGUGCAAGUUGGCCUGGAAUCUAUCCAGCGCCUCGCAAGCCCGCAGCACGACAUCCUGCAGCUCAGCUUGCCAGCAAUCGUCAUCAUGCUCAGCACCAUCGUCACCAAGGGAGGGUGCUGGGUCUGGUGUCGCAUGGUCAAGAACUCGAGUGUCCGAGCUCUGGCCGAGGACGCAAAGACCGACGUCAUCUUCAACAUUGGCACCAUCUUGUUUCCCAUCGUCGGAUUCUACGGCCGCAUCUGGUGGCUCGACGCCGCAGGAGGCCUCGUCCUCUCCCUCGUCGUCAUUCUCACCUGGAGCAAGACUUCCGCCCACCACGUCCGCAACCUCACCGGCUUCUCAGCCCAGCCCGACGAGCGCAAUCUGCUCCUCUACCUGACCAUGCGCUUUGCCACUGCCAUUCGGCAAAUCCAGAACCUGCGCGCCUACCAUGCCGGCGAUAAGCUAUUCGUCGAGGUCGACAUCGUUCUUUCUGCCGUCACACCGCUCAAGGAUUCCCACGACUUGAGCGAGGUAUUGACGUACUUUCUCGAAUCUGUUCCCAUUGUAGAUCGCGCCUUUGUCCAUGUGGACUACAGCAGUUAUAAUGCGCCGACGCACAUGCUGAAACAGAGUUCCUCAUAA